AUGGCACGAAAGACGCUCGUGCGUUGGGUGGUACUUGGGUUCAUUGGCAUGUUGUCCACUUGCACGUCCAUUGCAGAGGGGAAGAGUGGUCGGUCACCCAAGAAGACACCAGCGGUUGUGUGCUGCAAAGUAGAGGGAGCUAGUGCGAUAGGGGGUCACCACGAAAUGGUGGCAGGACGUGGCGGAGAAGAGCUGGUGGUGAUUGCGCUAAAUGGGACAAAAGACGCUGUUCUUUCGCGCUUCGUUUCUGUCCGCCAGGAAGCACUUGCGUCCUGGACUGGAAAUUGA